AUGAUUUUAUGGCAAAUCGAACCUCAGCGCGCCGGAAACAAUUCACUACUCCCUCAAUGGCAUCGAGCUGUGCAAGCAUCUGUGAUGGGUGAAGGUUGGAAAUUUGAUUGGAGUCAUUUCAUGGCUUCUGUUCCCAAUUACGAUCAUAAUAGCUUAACUAACCGAUCACGCUUCUUGGCUUCGGUGCAAGGGCUAGCUGAAUUGAAGAAAGAGGCAAAAGAAGCUAAGUGA